AUGCCACAUUCGACCUGGGUUCCUCACUCGACCUUUGCCACGCGUUCUGACAUGGAUCUUACACCGCAGCCAACGAACGACCAUCUGACUCUGAGCUAUGUGGCUUACACGGCAUCGCCGCGGCCUGGCUAUGCGUUCAAGUUACUCAAUAAGUACACACAAUGCUCGGAUUGUCGCCGUAAUGGUGUUCACUUCUACGGUGCGGACGGCAGCUAUCGUGUCAUAGACAAGCACGGAAACCCCUCUUCUGCUCUCUGCUAUAAACCCGAUCCCCGAAGGGGGACUAUUGUGCCUCAGUGGAUAUGGCAACCUGAGCUAUCCGGUGGCGUAAAGCGCCACAUUCAAGAUGGCAACCUGCUAUGGCCAAUCCACUUCAAGCGUCAAAAUGGCGUCGUCGGCUUCAACAUGUCCAGUGCACUUUCCGCUGGCGGCUUCUUCGACAUCGUUGGCGCCAACACACCUGCGCCCAUGGGCGAGUUGGCCACUACGAAACUGUCAUUACAAUGGCCGGGAUAUCACCAUGACACGAGACAGGUGGAAAUCAGGGACGGCGACCGUUCUCCCAUCACAAUGUCUAAGUUGGCCGAACGGGUCGUGCGUUUCGUUCGGCGGUAUAUUCAGAACGCCAGUGCGAAGGAGAAUAUCCAAGGACAAUGGCGCAUUGGACCAGGCGCGAUCGGUGAAGAGCACAUAUACAUCAUAGGCCUCAUGCAUGUCAGCCGUGGCGUUUGGCAGAUCAUGUUACAACUGGACGGUUUGGUUUACCUGUGA